GCAAGUUUGACGAGAAGGUGAUUGUUUUCUGAAAGGCCUCAUUUAUUUAUUUUUGUGAUGCAGCUGAAGAUAAAUCUAGACCACCUCCUUUAACAAAUUAAGAGGUUCUAAACUAGAUGCUUUAGGCUCUGUAUUCCUGUUGAGGAGGUGCCACUAUUGAUGACAUGGAUGAAGCUGAAAGUCCUUACACCCCACUCCUGAGGGUGAUACAGGAACCUUACUUGCCGAUGCCCAUAUCAGUGACAUUGAAGUCUAUCUUAACGGUGAUAAACAUUGUCAAUAUUGUGAUUGGUGCAGUUUAUAUAGGACAGUGUACUGGUCAGCCCCUGAUCCCUUAUUAUCUAAUUAUUUGGGGCUCUGGGUCCCUAUUGCUUCUCUGUCUCACUUGCCUACCCUGUGGUGAUGGAAGGGAGCCUCCACGGACCAGCCUUGCCACUCUGUGCGCACAAGGAUUGCUGCUGCUAUGCCUUUUUUCCUUCUUUAUCGCUGGAAAUGUGUGGAUAUAUUCCCUCUUCCCCGAGCCUUGGAACAUCCCAUCAACCAGCAAGUGGUGUCACCGAGUCCUCUACCUAUAUGCCUUCUGGAUCACUACUGUUUGUCACAUAUGUAUUGCAAUCAUGUUAUUCAGCAUUCUGUGCAUAUUCAUCUGUUUCUGUAUCCUGAAGGCUUCAUUGCCCUUUGGCUCUCGUAGAGAUAGAUGGCCCAACUAAUGAUUUAAACUGUCCUUGUUCCAUGAGACUAAUGUCACAAUACAAUCAAUGUUUAAAGGGACACUGAACCCCAUUUUUUUCUUUUGUAAUUCAGAAAGAGCAUGCAAUUUUAAGCAACUUUCUAAUUUACUCCUAUUAUCAAUUUUUCUUCGUUCUCUUGCUAUCAUUAUUUGAAAAAAAAAGGCAUCUAAGCUUUUUUUUUUGGUUUCAGUACUCUGGACAGCACUUUUUUAUUGGUGGAUGAAUUUAUCCACCAAUCAGUAAGGACAACCCAGGUUGUUCAACAAAAAUGGGCCCGCAUCUAAACUUACAUUCUUGCAUUUCAAAUAAAGAUACCAAGAGAAUGAAGAAAAUUUGAUAAUAGGAAUAAAUUAGAAUUUUGCUUAAAAUUUCAUGCUCAAUCUGAAUCAUGAAAUAAAAUUUUUGGGUACAGUGUCCCUUUAAGUAUCUUUUUGCUCUUGCAUUAAAGAGAAAAUAGCAUCCGUGUUUAGCAUUGGGUUUCAAAGAUCUCUUAUGUCUGAUUUGUCUGCACCAGCUUCCAUAAAAAUCAACCUUAAAGGGACACUAAACCCAAAUUUUUUAUUUAAUGAUUCAGAUAGAGCAUGCAAUUUUAAGCAACUUUCUAAUUUACUCCUA